AUGGCUUCAAGUGCGUUAACGUUAAUUCAAGGUGCUCAACAUCGAGCAUUUAUAUAUCAAGUCUCAAUUAUUUAUAUAAUUCUUAUGAUCGUUAUAUCAAUCGUUAAUCUUAUUAUUGGUGCCGUCUUUUAUGGACAAUGUGCUAAUGAGCCGAAUAUACCCAUUUUUCUUAUUGUUAAGGGUAUUACAAUUUGUGUAUUAUUUUCAUUAAAUUUAAUUAUGGUAAGUAGUACAUUCUUGAACAAUACUGCAAUAGUUUUCGAAUAG